AUGCAAUACACAUUUGGUGAAUCUGAUCGCAUUGACAGAGGUGGUGGUGGUUUGGAAAGCCAUCCUAGACUGAAUAAUACCAUUCUACAUCUUGAAGCAGACAGUAACGCAAUCAUGUCAGAUGCAAUGGAAACUGUGUUCGCUUUAGCACCAAAUGAAUUUAUCAUAAGCCUUUCUCUGCGCUUUAAUUAUAUCCAAAAUUACAAAGAAGGCACUUACCGAGCGAUCUGUCAUCACUCUGGAAGAGGAAUAAAUGCAUGUAUUUCCCUCCAUAAACCUCCUCACAUCGGUGUCGAGAAAUUUGUAGUUAAACUGCGAUGCUCAACUCACAAUGUAAAUAUUUCCAUGGAUUUUGCACACUUACACUCCGACAACAUCAUGAUUGACUCUAAAGAUGUCAAAGUGCAGGCAAAUGUUUCACCU